AUGAACAACGCGGUAUUCGGUAAGACCAUGGAGACCGUGCGCAAGCACGUCGACGUGAGAUUGGCGACGACAUGGGAGGGUAGACACGGCGCGGAGGCGCUGAUCGCGAAACCGAAUUUUCACAGUCGCAGCGUCUUCGCGGAAAAUGUAAUCGCCGUCGAACUGCGUAAACUCAAAGUACAAUUCUACAAGAUUUACGUGGGUAUGUGCAUACUCGACGUAUCGAAAGUCUGCCUGUACGAAUUUCACCACGAGUACAUGUUGCCGCUGUACCGCGACAAGUGCAAGAUCAUGUACACCGACACGGACA